ACAGUUAUAUUAACAUUGAUCCUUCAUUUAUGCUGUUCUCAACGGUCACAUGCCCACAACUCAGUCCAAAAUGACCGAUUCACAAUCACCGAGUCACACCCAAACAUCACAAAACAACAACACAAUAAUACCUGAAAUUCCAUUGGAAAUCAUCAGUGACGAAGAAAUGGCGUUAAUCGAAGCUGCUUUUUCCGCCACGCGCUCAUUGGUUCCGUCACCAUCACGCGCUUCGGCUCAUUUUAGGAACAAUGAGCCCGUUUGGAUUGGCUUACAGUCUAUUACUCUGUUAUCGAAACGGAGUUUAUCGAGUUGCUGUGGUUCGUCACAAAGUGAUGCGGUAGUUGUUGAUGUAGAAGAUUCUGGAAGGUUCCAGAAGAGGAAUAGAGUUGUUGUUGUUGAUUCGUUAUUGCAAAGGUUUCGGAGGAAAAGAGGAUUGUCUGUUACUGAUAUUACUGCUACAGAAUGGUGUGAAAAAAAGAUGGAGUAUAUUCUUCUUUGUGGCAAACCAGAAAAGACCAAAGCUAUGAAAGCUGGUAGCAUUCGUCAUGAAGCCCUCGAAGAAGAGGUGAUCAAAAGGGUAAAAGUUCAUGUUGCGUCAGCUGAAGAUGUAUGGGCAUUAAAGUUCUUAAAUUUUAUAGUUGGUGCAAAUCAAUUGUUAUUUGAUGGAUUGACACGUGAAUUGCCCUUAGUAGGUUUUGCUCAAGGUGUAUGGAUGGUGGGAAUUAUUGAUGAGAUAAGAAUGCCAAAAGGACAAAGUGAUGCAUAUCCAAUGUUAGUUGACACAAAAACACGAGUGAGAGCUAGCCUUCCUGCUGAACCACAACGGAGAAACGGAAGGCUUCAGCUAAUGUGCUACAAGCAUUUGUGGGACAGCUUGGUGGCUGAUGAAUUCCCCUCCAGACAAUUUUUUGAGUUCUUCUCUCUGAAUCCUCAUCACAUUUUAUCUGCAGAAAUCAGAGAAAAUACUGCUAAAUGUGGUUUCCCUGCAGAGACUCUCACUGAUAUGUUGAGGUACUCUCGAAAUACUUGGUGCGUGCUUCCACCAGCACAUGAGCAACUACUGCUGAGGUAUGAAUUACAAGAAGAUCAAUCAUUGCUUGGUGAAGAUCAGUUUGAGUAUGAUCUUGACUGGGUAAAGGGUCAAAUAAAUUCUUCGUUAGAGGUGUGGCGAGGAGAAAGAGAAGCCAGUUACACACCUGAAGACGAGCGCUGGAAAUGCAGGUCUUGCAAGUUUGCUUCUGAAUGUCCAGCCAGCAAUUAUGGCUCUCCAAGAAGAAAGGACACUGAAGGUUAACUGCUAAAUUUGGCAAGACUUAUUUCCAACUAGAUUCUUAAAUAAAUUAAGUUCACGUUUUGCGCAUAUACCAACAUUGUGACUCUGACAUAUCAAAUCUGAUAGGUAACUCGGAGAACAGAUAAGCUAUAACCGGUUAACGUACAUUGAUAGUGUAAAAGUUCUUUACACUAUCAGUGAAUAUAUAACUUUAACGAACUUGGUGUACACGAUUGGGGUCGAAGAAGCUAGCAGUUUUAUACUCCUAGCUGUAGGUAGAUUCUUAACCUGAAAAUUCAUUGUUGUACCAAUUCUUGUUUUCCCGUUGUAGGUUAUUAUUCAUUUAUCUUGUAAUUGUUGAGGCUCAAUUCAUUGUUGUUUGUAAUGUCAAAGGUAUUGACAUGAUCACUGUGAUUUAUAUCCGUUUGAUAUACGCAAGAUGGUUGAUUCUUACGCUUA